AUGGCGUUACACAAUUACAUUUACCUCAAACACAAGUCACAUGACCCUGAGUGCCACACGCUCAUUGCGCGGGACCACGACAAUAGACCACUUCCUCAAGAGAGGGCGCUUCCACAAGCGUCUAGGGCAGCUACCGCGACCUCUGAACUCCCGGCGGAGGCCGAGAACAGGACAAAAUCUAAAGCGCAAACUGUAAAAACAGACAAGGAGGAGUGCUGCGGCGAUUGCCAAGGCAAAUGUGACACUCUUCAAUGGUAG